UGAGAGGAGAGAGGAGUGGGAGGCAAAACUUGCAUCCAUGGAACUAGAGUGGAGAGGUAAUGCGCAUCAAGGCAACAAGUAGACUUCUAUAUUUAAAGGUUGUUGAGAAUCAACUUGGGGUAGUUUUAGAGAGUAGGCAAAUCAAGUGUCGAAGUCUGGUGCGCAAAACGUUGUUUUCUGACAGGGCAAAUUGACCUGAUCGCAAUGCUACCAGCUCGCUGACGAGGGAAGAGCGCUCCCUUUCUCCCAGCCCAGUGGAUUGUAGCAAAUUCUAUUGUGAUGCUAAAGUAGUUUCGGAGGAGGAAGAGGGGCUGACAAACGAUCAAAAGUGAAGCUAUCUACAUUUUCAGUAAACAUGAUUAUUUUUUGUCGUUUGUUCUAUCCGUUUAAUGUUAUUUUGUGGGCUGUUUAAUUUUCAUCACUUGUUGCUGACUGUUGGAACGAAAGUGAACUUGUUUAAACUAGACUGCCGUUAGAUUGGCAAACCAUGUUUCAUUUGCUGACUUAAUAUUCGGUGAUGCUAGGAAAUGAUUUAUCCUUCAGGAGUGGACAUUCCCCUCUUGCUAUGCUCUUCGGGAAGACUUUAAGAAAAGGAGAAGAGAAAUCGGUUCUUCCAUCUUAUCGGCUUCAUUUCCCCUAUGCAGUGGGUCUGUUGGACUGAAUAGGACCGAGCCACCAGGCUAGGCUACCUCGGCGGUGCUAGUGAUUAUGGAUAGCAGUCUCCCCAGCUACAGCACAGUCAUACGCCGAGGAAAGACGCUGCUUCUGGAGGCUCGGCUCCUGGGUGGGGCACCCUGGGGGUUUCAGCUCAAAGGAGGUCUGGAACAUGGAGAGGAGUUAAUCAUCUCAAAGGUUGAGGGAGGUGGGAAGGCAGAUCUGUUGGAACACCCCCUGUUGCCAGGGGACCAGGUGGUUGUCAUUAACGACGUGGAACUCAGUGGAUUCAGGCAGGAAGCCGUCUCAUUGGUCAAAGGAUCCUACAAGACUCUCCGACUCACUAUCCGCAGGGAGUGCUGCCCAGGCUCCUGCUGUGGUGACCCCACCCUCACCCCACUGACCCUGCCCACCCUCACCCCCUUACCCACCAUCGGUCCUCCCUCGGACCACCACACUCCCCUCUCCUCCGUUCACGGACCCCCCAGAGAAAAUCGAGGAGGAUGUUCCGGAGGAGUUAAACUACGCAUCAAAAACAGACGCAGCGAGCCUGUCUCCAGACCUCACUCGUGGCACGCCACCAAGCUAGGCGAGGGGCAGCCAGACCCCAGCAUGAUGCAAAUAUCCCAGGACCCUCCUUGGCAUCACACCUACCCCUCCAGUGCGUCUACUACAGACCUGUCGGGCUACGACCCAGGUUACCUGAGGAAGAGUCCAGACCAGUACAGUUCUAGAGGAAGUAUGGAGAGCCUUGGGGAGCACCACGGCCACCCAGCCUACAGCUCUUCCUGCCACCAGCUGUCUGCCUCCAAGUCCUCCAACAGCAUGGACCACCUUCACAGCAAGAGAGACUCAGCCUACUCCUCCUUCUCCACCAGCUCUAGUAUCCCAGAGUACCUUGCGGCCGCUCCGACCUUUGGUAAAGAGAGAUCGUACUCCAUGGAGACGGUUCCGCAGAGGGGCGGGAUUAGUGGAGGGGGCGGGGCCGGGGCGGAGGGAAUGCAGCAAGCUGACAUCCGAUAUGUCCGUACGGUCUACGACCCCCAGCAGGGCGGCGCUCAGGAGCACGAGGUUAGCUCCGCCUCUGCUGCGUUGCUACGCAGCCACGAGACUGGCAGGGCGGGGUCUUGUAGUGUGGGCGGGGCCGCCUGUUACCGCGCCACCAGUAGCAGUAGUAACAGUAGUGGAGGAAGCAGCGGUGGUGGUAACCAUGGUAAUAACCCCAACCGUCACAGUGUUGGGCCCAUUUGGGGUCAGAGCGCCAGCCGCAGUUCCUACGAGAGCCUGAAGGGGGCGCCGGCUCCUCCCAUGCGGAGCGACAGCUACGCGGCUAUCAGGAACCAUGAGAGACCAAACUCGUGGUCCAGCCUGGAUCAGGCUCGCUCCCUCAGGGCUCUCCACAAGGGGUCCACCUCCUCCUGGUACCACUCCUCUGGCUCUGUGGCCUCCGGCUCGGUGAAGGGCUCCUACGGGGCCGAGGGCCAGCUCCACACCGUCAUAGAGAAGAGUCCUGAGAGCAGCCCCACCACCAAGCCCAAACAGGGCGUGGGUCAGGGCUACCCGCCGCCCCCCGAGCCCCAGCAAACAUCCACCCAGUCUGGCUGCCUCAUGCUGCCCCAGGGCAUCUACCCUGUACCCCCACCGGAGCCCCACUAUGCCCAGAUGCCCACCAGCAGCCCCAACCCCAGCAGCAUGUACCCAGCAAUGGCCAGGGAGAGCAGUCUGAGCAGACAGAGAGAGCUCCAGGGGUUAAGGCUGGGGGUCAGUGUGGAUACAGGGAUGGCGGUAGUGGUGGAGAAUGGAUACCAAAGCAACCCCUCUAUAUCCUCCUAUGUCACUUCCUCUGGCCAGCCUCAGCAUCCUGACUUUGCUCAUCCAACCCAACCCGCAGACAGAGUGGGGGGAAAGUCAGGGUACGAGGAGACCCAAACUAAACUGGGUCUCUACAGGUCUCAUCUGAAGGGAGAGGGACAGACCGUAUCCCAAAGGCAGAGCCAGAGGAGCCAAGGACAGGGACAGGGUCAAAGCCAGGGUCAGGAUCAGGGACAGGGUCAGAGCCAGGAUCAGAGCCAGGGACAGGGUCAGAGCCAAGGCCAGGGACAGGGUCAGAGCCAGGGACAGAGCCAAGGCCAGGGUCAGGAUCAGAGCCAGGGACAGGGUCAGAGCCAAGGCCAGGGACAGAGCCAAGGCCAGGGUCAGGAUCAGAGCCAAGGCCAGGGACAGGGACAGGGUCAGAGCCAAGGCCAGGGACAGGGACAGGGUCAGAACCAGGGUCAAGGACAGGGUCAGAGCCAGGGACAGGGUCAGAUCCAGGGCCAGGGACAGGGUCAGAGCCAAAGUCAGGGUCAGAGCCAGGGUCAGGGUCAGAGCCAAGGCCAGGGACUGGGUCAGAGUCAAGGCCAGGGUCAGGCGUCCAGACCCUCCUCAGUCCAGUCUAUAGGCCAGUCUAUAGGCCAGUCUAUAGGCCAGGAGAGAAGGGACCCAUACACGCCAGUCCAACCGCGGGGAGAGAGGCUACCCAGGUACUCCCAGGGCUCAGAGAGCUGCCCUGAGCACCACCGACAGGGCCAGGUCAGGGAGGAAGGGCAGGUCAGACGCACAGAGCCCAGGCCCCACGCUACUCACCCUGUGGCAGGCACCACCAUGCCCAGUAAGAUCGCACAGGGACAUGUUCCCCAGGGGAGCAACAACAGUAGUACCCCAGCACAGGUGUCUGACCAGCGGGUAGAGCAGAGGACCCAGGGGCCUGACCAACAGGUAGAGCAGAGGGCCCAGGGGCCUGACCAACAGGUAGAGCAGAGGGCCCAGGGGCCUGACCAACAGGUAGAGCAGAGGGCCCAGGGGCCUGACCAGCGGGUAGAGCAGAGGGCCCAGGGGCCAGAUCAGCGGGUAGAGCAGAGGGCCCAGGGGCCAGACCUUCAGGUCAAUGACCAUAGAUCCAGGUCCCCCCUCUGGUACUACAACGAUCCAAUUCCGCCCCAACCGCAGAGGGACCAGAGGGGACCAGAGCACACCCUGACCCAGCUGCAGAACGUCCUAGCAGAUGUCCAGCGUUGUGACAGUCCAGAGAGCUCCGCCAACAGCCAGAGUAGCCACCAGAGGAGCCUCUCUGUUCUGGAGAAAGUGAACCGCUUCGAGGGCCGCGAGCAGAGCCAUGGGCAGGGGAAGCAGAGGAGUAAAAGCACCAGCGCUAACCACACCAACCCGAGGCCCUCCUCCUCCCGUCCAACCCAGCCCCAGUCUCAGCCCCAGUCUCAGCCCCAGUCUCAGCCCCAGUCUCAGCCCCAGCACCAUGAGAGGGCUGGUAUGGAUGACCUGCGUAACACGCUGGAGAGAACUAGCAGCCCCAGCAGCACCUGCAGAACACUGAGCUCCUCCUCUAGCUCACAUCAUUGGAAAACAACGGUGGCCCACGAGGGUCAUCAUUACGCAGAGCAGCAGAGGCCAGGGAGUUGUGACCAGACCCAGCCUCAGAGCUCCAGGUACCCCCAUCACCACCACCCUAAUCCCCAGGACCCUCACCCUGGCUCGGCCCUGCAGAGGAGCAGGAGCACCUUCCAACUGGGGAGCCAGGAGGGCCAGGAGGGCCACGACAGAGACAGGGAUGGGGACAGAGAGUUCCAUUGGAGGGAUGACCUGCAGGACCUACUGGGGACCAUCCAGGACACGUCUUUUAACCGGGCCUACAGGAACAGUAUCAAGGACGCCCAGUCCAAGGUGCUCAGAUCCACCUCCUUCAGACGCAGGGAUCUGGGAAUCAGCGUCAGCGGGAGUGUCAACAACCACUCCCCUCCCAUCCCCGCCAAGCACUUAUCUCUGGAGAGGAGGGGACCUAAGACCAGCCCCAAACCCUCCAUUGUCUCCACUACUGUCCAAGCCUCCACCCGAGCCCUUGCCCUAACUACCUCCACUCACACCCCCAAAGAAAGGCUUACGGUCACUGUCCCAGACCCAAUCACAGCCCCAGCCACCUUUCACUCGCCUCACACCCCUAAAGAAAGGCUUACGGUCACUGUCCCAGACCCAAUCCCAGCCCCAGCCACCUUUCCCUCGCCUCACACCCCCAAAGAGAGGCACGUUGUCACCCCAGAGCCCGAUAGGUUCGGUCCCCCAGAGCUCCUCAGCGUCCUGGCCAUGGGCCCACCAGUCCCGGCCCGUAUCGGUGGGCGUAAGCGACUCACCAUGGAGAAGAAGAAGAGGUCCUACUCCGAGCCUGAGAACAUGCAUGAGGUGGGGUUGGAGUCUGACCCAAGGAGUACUAGCCAGCACCAGCUGUUCCUUUUACCAGGUACAGAGACCAGUGUGGCGGACCGCAGGAGGAUGUUUGAGAUGGCCGCCAGUCGCAGCCUGAGCUCCAGCUCCCAGGCUCCCCAGCGCCUCCAGGGCUCCCAGGCUCCCCAGGGCCUCCAGGGCUCCCAGGCUAGUCUAGCCGUGUCCCGGCCAGAGCUCCGGCAGCUGCAGCAGGACGCCCUGGCCGACUACAUGGAGAGGAAGAGAAGCUGGAGGACAGACGGGGAUAGGGACAGGUCAGAGGGAGGGCGCGCCCACCGUGACCGCCCUCACAGCGCCUACCUGCAGCCCUUUACAGACACCCGGAGUGUUUCCUCAACCUCCACCACCAGUCUAGCCUCUCUUCAGGAGCCUCUUGGCCAAGACAGCAGUCUCUCUGAUGGGGGAAGGCUCUGCUCCACCCUGCCUCCUGGCCUCCAGGGCUUCUAUCCAGGCAGGGUCACUGCACCACGCAUCCAGGCUCCAGCCUCAAUCUCCACCACCCACCCAAACACCUCGGGAUUCCACAGUCUACUGGAGGGAGAGCUGCCCAGAUCCAGCCUUGGUAGAGAAGAACCAGCCCAGGACCUUGAGGCUCUCCGGAGCCAGGAGUUUUUCCUGCGAGGCGAUGGAGCCUUUGAGAGGGCAGUUCCAGCCCGGAACUCUGGCAAGUCAGCCUCUGCGGAGGACCUGCUGGAGCGCUCUGAGAGGCCUGCACCCCAGCACUUCAGAUCACGCUCCUCGCCCUCUGGCGAGAGGCUAAAUCAGGACUUCAUGGCAGGAGGAGAUCUGAGGAUGUAUGGGAUAUUCUCUACCGAGCCCAGGCUUUUCACAAACAACGACAACAACAGGUCCAUGGACAACCAGCAUCCUGACAGACCGGUCUCUGCCUCCCAGUCCCAGUCCCAGUCCAGGUCCAUGUCCCAGUCCCAGUAUGCAGACACCCACUUACUACUGACCCAAAGCCCGUUCCAAAGCAACACCCCUGUGAUGAGGAGAGAUAGGCUGAAGAACCCCGACCGCCAGCGGGCCCUUAGUGCCUCCAGCCUGGCUGCCUCUGUAGGUCUCCCCUGCCCCUUCUCCCCCCCAGGCACCAGCCCUACUAUCAGCUUGGACUGGCAGGCCAAUGAGAGGUUGAGCCAGGCCAACCUGGAUGCCAUAGCCUUCCCAACCCUGCUGCAGACCGCCACACUCGGGACCAUGUCCCCAGAGGCCCAGGUUCACCCAGAGGUCAGAAGAAGCCCCACAGAACAUCUACAGCAGGCCAUGGCCCAGGGCCAGAACCAGGGCUCCUUAGACACCAGCACCUCAGAGGAGGAGACCCUGAAAGACUUCCCCAGACAGAAAGAGGGGCCCUGCCCUCAAGCUUCAGCCGUUACACCAAAGACCAACCCACCCCUCGUCCUACCCAAAGCCUCCCCACCACCACCCCUAUUUAAAACCUCUCACAGACCACACACCCUGCUCUCCCUCCGCAUCUCAGAGUCCACUCUGCAAGAGACCUCACCCCUACAAGUAGCUCCACACCUAGCCUCUCCCACAGUCUCACUACAGGACUAUGACGAGGUAUUCCUCCAGGAACCGGCCCCUCCCUCCCCUAUUCCUCCCCCGCUCCCAAUCAGGGAGACGGACAUCACAGAGUACUUCCCUCCACCGCCUCCCCCUCUCCUGCCCCCCUCCUCACUCCCAGACAGAGAGGAGAAGGAGGAGGAGAAUCAUCGUGGACCUGGGCUACAGCACCUCAACAGCUGUGAGUUCCCAUUUCUCCCCUCCUCCUACCGUCAGACAGUCCCCCCCUCUGUCCCCCUGUCUGUCUCUCCGAGGCCAAGCCUUACCCCUGAGCCCCAGCCUGAGACCCCCACCACCCUCAGCAGCAGUUUCCCAGAGCCCCAGCAAGGGCCUAGCGGUGAGGAAAGCCUGGGGCAAGAGUACCAUCUCCCGGCCAGGAGGGAGAAGUCUGCUGGGGAACUGAGGGUGGAGGCCCUGGCCAGACAGCUGGUGUCCCGGGGGGAUAAGAGCCUGACUCCGAUGCUGGACAGCUGGGCAGAGGGCGGACGGACCAUGGACCUAAUGGAGGAGAUCUUCCCCGCGGGGGGAGGGAGGUUGCUGUGGCAACGCCGCAGGACCAGCACCUGUCUGGAGGACAGAAGUCAAGAUGGUGUCUGUUCUGUAGGACCCAAUCUGCUGCAGAGAACAGAGGGAGGAGGAGGAGCAGGAGGAGGAAGAGGAGGCGAGGUGGACACAGAUCUGGAUGAGGAUGAGACAGACUUCAAUCAGAAGAAGGUGGAGCUACUCCAGGCCCUGACUCUGAGCAUUACCUCCUUGCGAGAGGAGAAGGAGGUUCUGGCGGAGGAGCAGAGGAGGUUCCAGGCCCUAGGGGGCCACAUGGAGAGCCUGGUUCAGGAGCACUGUAAGCCCAACGAGAGGGAGAAGUACAAGAUGCUCAUCGGGGACAUGGAUAAGAUAGUCAACCUUCUGCUGUCUCUGUGUGGCCGGCUGGCCCGGGUCCAUAACGCUCUCUCUGCCCUGGACAGAGAGGAGGAGACAGAGGACAGCCAAGAGGAAAGGGAGUCCUUACAGCAGAAACGCAGACAGCUGUGUAGUCAGCACGAGGAUGCCAGGGAGCUGAAGGAGAAUCUGGACCGGCGCGAGCGUGUGGUACUGGACAUCCUGGGUGGGUACCUGACUGGGCCGCAGCUUAGAGACUACCAGCACUUCGUCUGUAUGAAACCAGCCCUGCUGAUCCGCCAGAGACACCUGGAUGAGCUCCUUAAGCAGUGGGAUGAACAGCUCAGCAGGCUGGCUGAGACUAUCUCUCCAGGGGAUCAUCAGGCCCAGCCCCGCUCACCUAUCCCUGGGUUGAACCCCAGCCUCGGCUCUAACCUUAGAGCUCCCAGCCCUAACCUUGGAGCUCCCAGCCCUAACCUUGGUCCUACCCAAACAGUCCGCUCCGCCACUGUGACAUCACUGUGACAUCACCCCAACAACAACACUGCUCCUGGUCACUCCUACAGUUGCUGUGUCUCUGACUCAGUGGGAGGAGCACCAUGAGUAAGAUACAACAGUACUUGGUUGAAGAGAGAGAUACAGUUCAUCCAGUUCUGCUCUAUAUGAAGCAGGAAGGAUGUCUGUCGGUCUGUCCCCUUGUUGCAGGCAGACAGACAGACAGGCAGACAGACAGACAGGCAGACAGACAGACAGGCAGACAGACAGACAGACAGGCAGACAGACAGGCAGACAGACAGACA